GAUGUUGGCUACUCAAGAACAAGUGAAGAGUAACCCUGCAUAUGCUGUGAAUGGAGAGUGAGUUAUAACAGAUGCAAGGCAUGAUUCCAGUCGAUCAACAGCACACACAACAGUGUCAGCCCUUUCUUUCUGGUAAGAUGGUUUCUACUUGAUCUCUUUGUAUGAUAUGUUGAACCUCUGGUAUGUUCAACACAAGGUGUUAGCAGUUGUCAACUGGAGUAGGGCCAAUGAAACUUCAGCAGUAAGCUGUGAGGUCCCUAUGACAAAAGAGCUGCUGACUUAUCUCUCUGAGACACAAGGGUUCCAUGUUGCAGAGGUGGCAUAUGACUUUGUAUUACAGCUAAAAACAUGGAUCUUGUCAAAAGGAAUGCUUAAUUCCUUUGACUCUUGGCAUGGUACUCAGUACACACUUGUAUUUUUUGGCUCAUUUUGUCUUGAUGAUUAUGACUAUUUCUUGAAAGUUAGCAUUUUAUUGGUAUUAAUAUUUUUUUGUUUAUUUUCAGGUGCAAAGUCUGUGACUAAAGCAAUGAAGGAAGUUGCCUCAGGGGCCCAGAGGGAUGAGGGCUCAAAGUGGUUUUUUGAAUUGUUAGACAAAGUGAAAAGUACAAGGACUCUUGUAUACUUCUGCAUGAAGAACAGUCCACCCAAUGAAGAAGAAUUUCAGGGUACACUGUUGAAUGUAGUUGACCAUUACCAGGGAAAUCAUGUCAGAUGCCAUGCGGAGUCACGGUGCAAGCAGAAUGGCUAUGUGAUGAGCAAAAAACUUUUAACUAAACCUGAAGUAGUAGCUGCAUGCAGGGAAGCCAUUAUGGGCACUUCAAUUUAUAGGCAUGCAUCGGACUACAUGCGGUGCAGGGAAACAUAUUGGAUUGAGUCUCUCCAUUCAGUGAUGCUCAUUUAUGCUGCAAAGCGGAUUCAUUAUGGGGAUGACACAUACAACAUGUGCAUGGAGUUAGCCAUUCUUGAUUGGAAUGAAAAUGUGAAUCGAGAAGCAUCGUCUCUACAGAUGUACCAACAUACCAGGCAUCCAAACCGCUUGGCAGAGACCAGGGUGCUUACUUCAAAGACAUUUAAUUUCAGAGAAACUAUCUGGUCUACCUUUUUUAAUAUAAACAAAUGAUGUCUCUUCUGUUUUCCAUUGCACCACAGUUUCUGUGAUAAUUACAACUAGGAGCCCAAAUGUUCAGUAUUAAUAUGUGAGGUCAUUAGGGAGGACCAAUUCUAACAACUGCUGGUACCAAGCAAUGAAAACAUGAAUAUUAGGUUUGACACAAGGUAUUUCCAAGCAGACUCAUUCUCUGUUUCCUCCUGUUACUUUUCUUUGCACUGUAUAUCUUUUCCUAACCUAUAGGAAAGUCACUAUAAUUUGCUGUGUGGACAUUGUAAA